AUGGCUGGCUGUGGUAUCUUCUCGCUGCUGCGCCGCCGCAAGCGCUCCUCGUCUGUAUCUUCGUCGAAGAAGGCCAUUCGUCGUUUCUCCCCUAGUCACUACUCUAACCAUACGGCCGGAACCGCUGUCUCAUCCGAGGAGGAAGAAUAUGACAGCAAUGGUUCCCUACACAAUGGAACAGAGGCCGCAGUGACUGAGAAGGACACUCGGCCUCAGCACCAGGAACGUUCUACAGAUGCACUGUCCACCGACCCCGGAUUGCUCAAGAAACAUUCGACAUAUCUCUCCUACACUACAUCCAUCGCCACCUAUCCAUCAAUCAGAACAUUCUACUGCCCACAUCCGCAAAUGGCCAAGCUUCCCUCGGUCCCGUUGCCAAUCCCGCUCCUGGUCUUUGUUCAUGGCUUGGGAGGCUCGCUGGCCCAAUUCCAUCACCUCCUGACCAGCUUGUCGAAUAUUGGCCCUUGCUUCGGUAUCGACCUGCCAGGCUGCGGUCUUUCACGCUUUGCCCCAGAUACCUGGGACGCGUAUACCGUGGAUGCGUUGGCCGAGCUGCUGGCCACUGCCAUCGACCAGCAUCGCGACAAGGCAGCGGGUCAGGGCGUGGUCCUGGUGGCUCACAGUAUGGGCUGCUCACUCUCUGCUCUGCUGGCGUCCUCUGCCUCCAAGAUUGGCUUGGAUCUCCAAGAGCAUAUUCUGGGCCUGGUGGCCGUGUGUCCCAAGGCAGCGCCUCCAAGUCCCAAACAGACCACCACCUUCCGUCGCCUACUUCACAUCCCAGAACCUAUCUUUGACCUCUGGCGCGCCUGGGACCGUCGCGGUGGCUCGCGCAGCGCCAGUGUAGCCCGCUUGGUCGGCAUGGAUGCCGAUCCCGACACCAGAGAGCUCCAGGUCCGCUAUAACAAACAAAGCAAGACUCCUGUGUGGAGGCGGAUGGCAUGGGGGACUCUCCCCCGCUACGAGAACGGGAACCCCAUCGGCGGCCUGCCCGGCGGCGACGUUUGGGCUGGCAUCCAAACUCCUGUCUUACUAGUCGCUGGCGAAGCCGACUCGGUCACCAAACCGGUGGAAGUACAGGAAAUUCUCCGGUUCUUCGGCCAUCUCCCAGCCAACAGACUGACAGAGCAGAGCAACACUGUUCCCGACGCAUCCAAGGUUCAUGACCGACAGACCCAGGUGUCAUACGAUCGCCUCGCUCACGAGGAAGAAUACGGGGUCGAGGCCUCUCAAAAUGUGCAACCGAUUUUGGAGAAGGAAGCGGGCGGGCGGCUGUCGCAGCGGCGCCGUGUCGUUAAGACGGCAAUUCUUCCCGCGCCCGCCUCGCACGCUCUGCUUUAUGACCGUGCUACCUACCGGACUUUGGCCGGGAUCAUCCAGGAUUUCAUCCACCAGCAUGUGGACGAGCGGCUCAACCUCGGCUGGCAGCUGCAGUACCUGAACACGUCCGGCAAAUGGGACGUGAAAAACUUGGCCAAGUGGAAGAAGGUCACACCUGUGUCACAGCCCAUGGCGGACACCUUUGUCGCCCUCAAGAUGCUGCGCGAGGUCGACGAGGAGCACAACCCCGUCCUCUUCUCGCAGCAGUACAAGGACAAGAUCCACGCGGUCAUCGACAUCAGCCACGAGAAUCCCGUGUACAACCCGGCGCAGCUGGAGAAGGGCGGGAUCCACUACCACAAGCAUCCGACGGUCUCCAAGAUCCCUCCCACGCCGGACGAGACCCGUGAUUUCAUCGCCCUGGUCGACCAGCUGCAGAACGAAAUCACCGCCAAGAUGGAGAAGAGCAACGCCGACCCCUCCCGCCCGCGCCCUCUGGUCGGGGUCCAUUGUCACUACGGCUUCAACCGCACGGGGUUCCUCAUCGUCUGCUACCUGAUCGAGCGGAGAGGGUACAGCGUGCAAGAUGCGAUCGAUGAAUUCGAGCGCCAGCGCCCGCCUGGCAUCCGCCACGGCCACUUCAUCGACACCUUGUUUGUGCGUUAUUGCGUCGGCCUGAAGAAGGCUCCUACCCUGUAG